AUGUUCGAUAAAGUUUUAAUUGUGCUCUUAGCUUGCACAUCCUUGAAGCAGAGCAUAGCCAAAAAUCACUCAACUCUUGGAACAUUGAAUGAUACGGAUACACGAUCAGGCAUGGAGUGCAACAAAGACGAGGCGGCAAGGGCAAAAGAAAUCGCAGAGAAGAAGUUCCAUAUGCAAGACAUGUCUGGUGCCAAGAAAUUCGCCUUGAAAGCUCAAAGUCUGUAUCCAGAGGUAGAAGGUGUUUCUCAGAUGAUAGCUACUUUCGAUGUGUACAUCGCUGCGGAGAACAAAGUAAACGGGGAAACAGACUGGUACGGAAUACUCAACGCAACUCCGCGAGAUGAUGAUGAAACCUUGAAGAGAAAGUACAGGAAGCUCGCUCUGAUGCUUCACCCCGAUAAAAACAGCUCUGUAGGAGCCGAUGGAGCAUUCAAACAUGUAUCUGAAGCUUGGAAGUUCUUGUCAGACAAGGAGAAGAGAGCAGCUUAUGACCGUAAGAAGAGUUUAAACACCAUGUAUCAGAAGGUCUCAGUCUCAUCUGCUAACAGCGGCUUCUGCAACUUCCCCAAGACUAACUUCACCUCAAACGCAAGAACCACUGCCCAGAAAAACAACCCACCGGUCCAGAAAAACAACCCACCGGUCCAGAAGAACAACCCGUCGGUUCAGAAGAACAACCCGCCGGUCCAGAAGAACAACAACCCGCAAAAACCAGUCGGUAACACACAAAAGCCAGCACGGGCCGAUCAUCAUACAGCAACACCAAGCUCAUUUACUGCACCUGUGGCAUCGGAACAACCAAAGUCGAUUACUUUCUGGACAGUCUGCAGGAGAUGCAUGAUGCAGUACGAGUAUCUCAGGACAUAUGUUAACUGUAAGCUUCUGUGCCCUAACUGUCUACAGUCGUUUCCAGCAGCAGAAGUGCCUAUACCAGGUAUGUCAAGCCGUUGGAGUAGUCUCAGCAGCCGUCUCAAGCGAAACCUCGAUUCAAAGUCAUCUGCGAAUACUACUUCAGGUGUAUUCAGCAACUCCAAGUGGACAUUCUCGAGAGCAAGCAGUGCAGCUCAUGCCGCAAGUGUGGUUCAGCAGGCUUAUGAGAAGGUAAAGCAAGACCGUGAGGCGAAAGCAACCGAGAGAAGGGAAAAGAAGAAUGCCAAAAGGAAGAGCUCUAGUACUAUGACUGAUUCGUCUGCUUCUGGUAAAAAGAGGAGAGUAGUAGUAGGAGAAACAGAUAUUGGUUGCUCUGGUGGAAGAAAGGUCACAUAUCAUACCAAUGGUGAAACUGGAAAAAACAUGGAGAAGUUAUCUCCCGGACCCAAGAAAAAGACUAGCAAGGAGGGUAAAUCAAGGUCGAAUGUAGCAGUCUGAAUCAGGUGAAGGAGUUUUUUUAUUUUUGUUUUGUUUUUGAGUUUAUACAGGGAUAAUUGUGAUGAAUGUGUUUAUUAUUAUUAGCUUCAGGCUAUAACCAGACCUAUCAUUCUAGGUUAUGUUUUGUAUGUUUGGGUCAUUUUGGUACUCUUUUGGUUCUAACAUUGUAGAGAGAAGAGAGACAUGGGUCUCUCUGGUAAAUGCUCUGUUUCAGUGCUCUUAAAGGAAGAAGAUGUACUUUAAAAAAGCUCUCACUAUGUAUUAGUUCUCAUAAAAAUCCGAAUCUCUCUAACAAAA